CCACUUCACUCCAAUCAAAUCAAAUCCCCUCCCGCCGGCCUCCACUCGCCAUGACUACCUUCCCACGCGCCUCCGAUAAUUCUCUCUCGCCCGACUCUCUCCCGUCCCUAACUUUUCCGCUGCCGCAGCUUGCUGGAACCGAGUUUGACUCGGUGAGCGAAGCCUUUCAGAGCAGUAGUAGCAGCGGAUCCAGCAGCUACAACUCGCCCAGUUCACUGGUGAGUUGCUGUUCUCAGAAGCCCUGUUUCAUGCACAGGAGUGCCAGUAGCCACUCUCUUCAGAAGAACGGCCUUAAUUGCCGUUUCGCGUUAAGCUAUAAUGGGUUUGUUGAUUCGGAGGGUGGUUCGGUUAGGAGGGUUUUCAGUGCCGGUGAUUUGGAACAGGGCUUAAGAAUGCUGCACCAUAGCCCCAGGUCGGAGAGUCCAUUGUCAAAUGAGAGCAAUGCUAUCAUUGAAAGUAUGAGCAAAGCAUGCCGGUACAGCCCUGAGGAAAAGAAGGAAAGGAUUGAGAGAUACAGAAGCAAGAGAAACCUUAGGAACUUCAACAAGAAGAUUAAGUAUGCAUGUAGGAAAACCUUGGCAGACAGCAGACCAAGAAUCAGAGGACGUUUUGCACGAAAUGAUGAAAUUGAGAAGAUUUCUCCUGACCAGGUUCAAUGGAGCCAGGGGAUGGGAGGGGAAGAAGGGGAAGAAGAUGAAAACUGGGUCAAUUUUCUGAAUUCAUUCUCAGCAAAUUUGAUCCCCUAAUAUUGAUGAAUGGAUGAUUCUGCCUAGGUUUAGUGUCUUAGUACGUGUCAAUAUCUUUUUAAAUGAUUGCAUGUUUUUACUACUGUGAUGCAAAUUUGAAGUUACCUCGUAGCUUGAAAUUAGAUAUGUAAAUACUGUAAUUUGAUGACAUUAUUGCUUACAGUCCUAAAGUUUGUUUCUAACUGAAACUUUUAUAAAAGUACUCUUUGAAU